AUGGCACGGCUGCUGGACAGUCCAGAUGUACAGGGCGUCGCGUUGGCACAGAUUCCGCGGGAGGAGUUCCGACUGCGUGGCGAUGCGCUGAAGCUCUUCAAGGAGGCACAAAGUCCGGUCCUCACAGAUGGGAGCCCUGCGGGUCUUCGUUUCUGGGAUGAGGUGGAUUGGCCCUUUGUGGACACACUUGCAGAUCGGACACUGGUUUUGACAGACCACAAUAAGAUGACAUCCCAAGUUGCUGGCCACUUCGAAGGAAAAGUAGAGUGGGUGCUAGACCAUCAUGCCGGGGGCAUCCAAUACCCUGACGCUCGCAAUGACAUUGACGAGGGCCUGGGUUCUUGCUGUUCCCUGGUCACGGAGCAGUUCCUGCAAAGGGGCUCUGAAAAGCUCUCGCGGGAGCUUGGCACGCUGCUGGCCGGAGCAAUUUUGCUUGAUUGUCGCAACUUCGAUGAGAAGGAAAAGAAGGGUACAGAUAGGGACCGAGCAGCUCUGGAUGCACUCCAGGGCAUGAUUCCAGAUCGAGGCAACAUAGCUUGGUACAAAGAGCUAAUGCGAGCAAGGAAGGACGUUUCGCAUCUGUCCAUUCGCGAGCUGAUGCUGCUUGACAUGAAAGUUGUAUCCUUGCGAGGGCUGAACGUCGCCUUUGCCAGUAUCUUCGGGACAAUUACCGAGAUAUGUGCAAAAGCGGGACGACCAAGCGGAGUGGUGGAGGCAGGCCAAGCUCUGGCCCGAGAUCGUGGCUACCAGGCUGUGAUUCUGCUCUUCAGCAAGGACAAGGCACUGGGCAAGAAGGCCUUGGCCUUCAUCCCACUUGACAAAUGUGCCGAAGCGGAGGAUCUUUGCUCUGUCAUUGUGAAGCAAAUGCUGGGCAGUCCAGGAAGUUUGCCAGCGGAGCUGCGGCAGAAUCCACUCUAUGAAACGCAGGGACUUCUUGAAACUGGCUUUCAGCUUCAGCUUCUGGAGGAGUUAACCCCCCUACGUGUUUACAGCAUCAAAGCGGAGGUCUCCAGAAAAACGGUCCUGCCAAUGGCUACCUAUGCAGCUCUCUGA